CUGACAGCAUAGCCAUGUUUUGAUUCAUAGCGUUCCAAAAAUGCGGUCUCAAAAACUUGAUUGGAACGAUUGGAACCAAAGCAGCUAAUAUUAUUUAUCUCAUUCAAAAUCAAUAGCUGGAUUCUUAAAAGAUACAUUUUCAGGUUUAUAAUCGUACUCUUUAAUUGAAAUUGAUGUCGGUAGCAAAGCGCGUGCAACAAUGGGCUACAUUUGCUCGUACAUGGCAUAUCUACGACUGUACUUGGCAAAACCCUUUCGAAUCAGCCACACUGAUUCGAAAGCAUCUGAUGGGACUACACAAACCAAUUUAUCACCCAAUGAAUGAUUGUGGUGACCAUGUCGUAGUAAUCAAUACUGCCGAAAUAGCCUUACCCGGCGAUGAAUGGAAGAAGCGAGCAUAUUUCCACCACACAGGUUAUGCAGGUGGUGCCAGUUGGACGUUGGCUUGGGAAUUACAUGAAAAGGAUCCUACUAUGAUAAUGAAAAAAGCAGUCUACCGAUCGAUGCAUGGAAAUCUUCAGCGUCGUUACACAAUGCAAAGACUCCAUUUAUUCAAAGAUGAAAAUGUUCCGAAAGAAAUGCUGGAGAAUGUAACUAACCAAAUACGGCAACCGAGACGAGUUCCUGAGCGGUUGGAUCAUAUUGAUCCUGAACUGGCUAAAAACUUUCCCCAAAUUAUGGAUUAUCCGAAAGAUUAUGUUUUUCGGUAGACAUAUUUUUUUCAAAAUGGAUCAACAUUGUUUCAUUAGUUUACUCUGUGUUU